AUGGAUCCAAUUAAAGCCCUCAAUUGGCUUGCACUCGAGAACAGCCUCCAAGGGUUCACCCCCUCCUUCGUUUCUGCUUUGUUGCCUUCAUCCAUCCCGCUGGUGCCGCAUCCUGCCGGCAACCAGGCAUACACCAUUCAGGCCCCACAGCCCCUCCCCACCUCCUCCUUCCCCCCACCGGGGGCAUACUCCCACCCGGGUCUCUUCUCGGCCAAGCCGCCCGAGUACAAUGACCGGGACCUCGGCACCCUGGAGUACCUUUGCCAUCGGGCGGCCUCGCUCUGGGUGGCUCCCUCGCACAACCCGUCCAUCCCGGAUUCCGUGCGCCUGCUGAAGGACCAGCCUUCCCGAGUUCAGCCUUAA